ACUUGGAAUAUGCUAUGUGUAUGUAAAACCAGCUGUGAAGUAGCUAAGCAAUUACUUUUAAAAUUGAAACAAAAGUUACGAAAUAGUGGACCGUCAUGAUCACUAACAGAGCGGCGUAACCGAUUAUUAUCACAAAGUAGAUUUUCCUCCCCCAGCCGCCGCGCCGCGAAUUCAAGCCCCUUGAACCGCAGAUGUCUCUCCCAGUAUUCUCCCUUCCGACUUUACCUGACGCGCCGCCUAAAUCGAUACUCGCUUUACAAGGUCUUGAUCAAGCUUUAGUCGAAGCUGAAGUUGUCAAUCCCUCCUCUCGACUACCCAUAAUACCCGAAGGAGACGAUGUUCACACUGGGUUAUCCGAAAGGACGAGAAAGCGCCUCAUAGAACUAGGGAUUACUCAACUGUUUGCUGUCCAGACUGCACUUCUCCCUUUUCUGCUAGGUUCUUCCACCACGCGGAGGUCGCUGUACGAACCGUUUGACCUGUUACGGGAUGUAUGUGUUUCCGCGCCAACUGGAAGCGGAAAAACACUCGCAUAUGUGCUCCCAAUUGUCGAGAUUCUGUCAACAAGAAUUGUCACUCAUCUCCGUGCUCUCAUCGUUCUCCCGACGCGUGAUCUAGUCAUGCAAGUUCGAGAAACAUUAGAGGCGAUUGCAAAAGGACGAGGUUUGAAGAUUGGUUCAGCCACUGGACAACACUCAUUCGCUCACGAGCAGUCGCAACUAGUUGCGGACAUGUCAGCCAAACUGUCUGGUGGAUCGAGUAAAGUUGAUAUUUUGAUCUGUACACCAGGGCGCCUCAUUGAUCACCUUAACGGAACACCCAACUUUUCUCUACAACACCUCCGGUUCUUGGUGAUAGAUGAAGCCGAUCGAUUGCUUGCUCAGUCAUUCCAAGACUGGCUGGCUCAAGUUCUUGCCGCCACGCAACCAUCUCCCAGGAUGGCCCCUGAGACAACUAAAACCAAACGCCCAGUUUCCCUUUGUGAUUCUCUUGCCCCCGCUUUUCUUCACCUCCACGGGGAAGUAGACUUGCACACCGACAUUGAUGAAAAGAAACAUGCCUCAUGUCAAAAAUUACUGUUUUCCGCAACACUCACUAGUGACCCGGGAAAGCUUGCGGCUCUGGACCUCCGAAAUCCAAAGUACUUUGUUGUGCAAGGUCUAUCUGAAGAAUCAGAAAUCGAUGGUAUUCCCAAUAUUAUUGCAGAACGGUUCACCAUGCCCGAAGCACUAAAGGAACACAUGAUAAUCUGUGAGGCCCCUCAGAAACCAUUAAUGCUCUUCCAUCUUGUGCACAACCAUUCCGUCCGCAAUGCACUUGUUUUCACGAAGUCGUCCGAAUCGGCCUCUCGUCUUGUCCGUUUGUUCGAAUUCUUUGAGGCUGCUAUCUCCUCCAGCGAAAGUCCAAUUGUCGUUCGGUCAUAUUCGAGUGAUCUUCCGACCAACGAGCGCAGGACCAUAUUGGAGAAAUUCAAGGCCCAAGAGGUCCAUCUGCUCAUAUGUUCAGAUCUUAUAUCAAGAGGUAUCGACAUCAGCCAUGUAUCACACGUAGUCAGUUACGACGCACCGGUGGAUAUAAGAAAAUAUGUACACCGGGUUGGUCGAACUGCUCGAGCAGGGAGAACUGGAGACGCUUGGACGUUGGUUGAAGAACAGGAGGCAUAUUAUUUCAAAUCUAUGUUAAGAAGUGCAGGUCACCUGGAAAGGGUCCAACGAAUGAGAAUAUCAGAGAAAGACACGGUUUCACUCUUAUCGGCGUACGAGGUCAGUACACGUAAUCUAUUAUUCCCGCGGAGUGCGAACGAUAGAUGUGGCACCCUCUCAGAUAUCUCUGCGGAACCUCCGGGACGCGUACACACGGUAGUUUUCGGCAACCCUGUUAACUGGUCGACGUCGACGUUGGCAGGCUUUUGUAGAGGAUUGACGUUGAUCGCGAUGAGUCGCAUUGCAUUUGCAGCACUGCGCCGAUGCCACUACAUACAUAAUAGUCAUCACAACCGUUUUAAAUUAGUCAUAGAUGGCUCACAUACCCUGCAUCACAUUCGAUCAAGCUUUAGUAGGCUAAUUAGUUAUUUUAAGCGACGGCCCGAGAAUUUCAUCAGCAGUAUGACAAGCAGUUGCUAGUGUUAGGCUGGACAUGGACUAGAGUACUUCAAAACAGUCCGAUUACCAGGUUUCAGAUGUCGAGCUCGAUACCACUGAGAAGGCUCAGGUAUCUGAGUCGGAGUCCGUGUCAGACAAUGGUCGAACCAUGCAGUCGUUCGUAUCUCGGUUCUUUCUGUUUGGGAGGAAU